ACCCAGUGCCAUCGUCAACGUCAUCACUUGUUCCUGUGAAUUUAAACAACUGGCACUCCGAAACGCUCUUCAGUGGGCGCGGGACCAGCGUUGGCAGCGUUGUGCUUAAUCGGCACGUUUUUGCAAUGCAGGCGCCGACGUGUCCCUUCCUGGUCUGAUGAUCCUGCUGCACGGCCGUAGCAAGGAAACAAGAUAGAAGCACCGAAGCAACGACAGAUAACUUCGCUGUCAUCGCCUGCAGCGAAACUGACGUCACGGACCACGGGAUCUGAGCACUAUAAAAGGGAGCAGCGAAAGGCUACACUCCGCAGUCCGGUGGAGCAUCGAAUGCUGGGCUAACUACUUGUCUUGUUGCUCUUAGGUAAGCGACAUUUUUUCAGCUCUAUGCUCGACUGGACUGCACUUUUUUGUAAUCAGUAAUGGCCCAACAGUGUUUCACUUGUUUGAAGGGUAUUGUAAAAGAAAGUGCGUUUUUAGCAUGUAGCAAAUGUGAAAAGUCUUUCCACUUAGGCAAGUGCUCAGGAACAACUAAAUCAGCUUUUAAAAGCCUUAGACCUAGAGAAUUAUCAACUUGGAAGUGUGAUGUCUGCAAGGAAGCAGAAAUUGAUGAUGAUGCAUCAAAUAGUGAAAGUGACAGCGAGACAAGGCAAAACAAAAAGACCACAGGCUCUGUGAAUACUCUGAUAGAAGGCUUGAGCCAGAAGCUUGCCGAAAUACUGAGCAGACUGGGAACCCUCGAAGGCAAAGUUGACAAACAGAACAGAAUCACAGAGGCAGUUGAAAAGUCAAUGGAGUUGCUUGCUUCCAAGUACGACGAACUCUUGUCAAAGAUUGUCAAUCAGGAAAAGGAAAUAGCUGAACUAAAAAAAACAACUGAGGAACUGACUGAGAAGUUGACUGAAAAGGACACUGAGCUUGCCACGUUGAAAGACUGUGUCGAAAGCGCUGAGCAAUACACAAGGCGCAGAAAUGUAGAAAUACACGGGAUACCUGAAGCCCCUAAUCAGGACCUUUACCAAGUUCUGACUGACCUCAGCGUAAAGCUGAAUAUACAGUCACCGGAGCGACAUGUGAUAGAGGCAUUGCAUCGGCUCAAGGCACAUAAAGAUAAGAUUGCGCCGAUUAUUGUUCGCUUUGUGGACCAGACCACACGGGACAUGUGGCUGGCGAAAAAGCGCGCACUGCGGGCAGACAAAAUCUACAUCAACGAAAACCUGACAAGGGCUCAGAAAAUGUUGCUUUCGGAAUGUAAGAAGCUUGCAAAAGAUCAAGGAUUCAAAUUUGUCUGGGUGAGCAACGGGAAAAUCCUUGUCCGGAAAAGUGAAGGUGCAUCGGUAAUUAGUAUCAACUCGGAAAGAGACUUUGGUAAACUAGCGUAAUGGCCUCCUUUGACUCAUUUCGUGAGUGGAAUAUUCAUGUAGAAACUGCUAAGAGUGAAACACAACUGAACCACGAACUUAGUUUGCUACAUGUUAAUAUCAGAAGUUUGAACAAAUACUGGGAUGAAUUAGGAUUGAAGCUAAAGACUGCUGUGGUUCCUUUUGAUGUUAUUAUUUUAACCGAGGUUAAUAUAGAUGCGUCGAGAAAAUGUACAUUUAUCUUGGAUGGGUAUUCUCAAUAUGCACUGUGCCGCGAAAAUCGUAAAGGAGGCGGUGUUAUGGUGUUCAUAAAAAAUGUGUGGAUGACGAAUAGAAUUGAUGUUAGUUUUAUUCAUGCAGAGACGGUCACUCUGUCUAUUACGAAAGAAAAUGCAGAGUACACUUUAUGCGCAAUAUAUAGGCCACCGAAUAUGAAUGCCAGUGCAUUUCUAGAUGAGCUGUAUACUUUUUUGUAUAAGUACAUGAA